AGGACUCAAGACGGCCACGCGCCUUAGUUGGCGAUGGCCGAAGUGCCCGACGCGGCGCCAAAACGUAAGCACCGCCGCACCGGCGGUGCGGAUGUGGCAAUUGAAUGGUCCCCUUUUUUACGUUUGGAGCAGGUUUGGUUUGACGACCUGCGGGAGCUGUGCCGCCAGCGUGGGCUCACCGUUCGCGGGACCCGCGCAGAGCUCGUAGAGCGGCUGGACUCCCAUGGCGAACCCUUUCGGGAGUCAUGGGAGCGCGGCGCAAUGACUUCAGAAUCUGGGAACGUCUUGUUGCUUGAAUGGGGAGCCGUCGACGACGUCGCUGUACAGGAGGCUCUGGCAUCCACCGUCGACGUACCAUGCUUCGCACAGCCCCUGCAUGCUUACAUUUCAACAUUUCCACCAUGCCCGCCACCGGCCUUCUGGGAGGGAGCGGUUGGGCAUGAGCUGUAUAAGCAUUUACGUGAACAGUGCGGCCAGGGCCAGUGGAUCUGGCGCUUGACGGCAAGGCGAGAUGUUGUCACGUUGCAGAAUGUUUUCCCUCUCCUGAGGCAGAAGGGCUUUAGCGUUGCUCUUGCUCUCGUUCUCUGCGGUUUCCUACACAUUCUAUACUGGCACCAAAGUAUUUCGGUUGCCCUGGCCCUGAUCUUGGCCCACCCAGCGAUUUGCCCAACCAGCGUGGCGCAGGUUGACGUGGAAGCGUGGGCGGAGGCCAUACAGGCGAUCAUGGCUCAGGUGUCAGGAGCCUUCAAAGACCUGCGUGUGGUGCGCGGGCAAUUGGUGCAGAAGCCCGCCGUGAAGGGGACGGGCGCGAAGCUGGCUGUCAGAAAUCCUUCUUGCUGGAACAGAAGUAGCGAUGCCGACGUGAAGCUAUUCGCUGCAGAUUUUCGUUCAGGAGCGAUUACGGGAUCUUGCAACGAACUCGCCAGCAUGCUCCUGGAGGGGCGGUUCGACUACGGCAGCGCUCUCAGCAUUCUUCGGGGCAAGACAAAUACUUAUUACACGGGGCUCACCAAGUCGUAUAUAUCAGUCCAUUAUUUGCGGUGCAUGCGGGUCGCCGUGGGCGCCCCCGCGCCGCCCUGCCCCGCCGACUUCAAGAUCCUUCUCGGCAUGGGCGCGGGCGUCCGCCGCUGGGGCUGGCCAGGUGAACAGGCCGCGGAGGCUGUUGGUGUGAUCAAGUCGCACGACCCUUCGUCUGAUUACCAGAUGGACGACCUUGCUUGCUUCAUGUGCAUGUCGGGCUCUUGAAGUCUCCCGUUGCCCCCGCUGAAAACGCCGCGGGCGCCACAAUCGUCACCGAGUAGGAAAGGCGCACUUCUUGGCUUCUGGGGAAGAAGGGGAUUCUGAGAAAUGAGAGCGCGCCCCCUUCCGCCAGAGGUUUUCGCCGGGGCGGCCGUGAAACCAGAGGCACAGCGGUUUUUUAUAAAAAUUACCCUGGCGACGUACCCAA